CACACUUCUUGAGAACAUCCACCUUUGCAAAGUCGCCAUGAGAACAUUUUGCAUGUCAAAAGUAGCACGGCUAUUUUUGCUGUUUGUUACUUACAUUUUCAUAGUAGCUAUGCCAUCGCAUGCUACAAAGACUGUCAUUGAUGUCAUUUCCUCUGACCCCGCGUUCUCACGCCUAAUCAAAGAGCUGCAGAGACUCCGAUUGAUAGUCCUUAUUAACAAACGCGAAAAAUGCACCUUCUUUGCUCCUACCAAUGCUGCGUUUGCUAAAUGGGAUGAUGAAAACAAAGGCAAGCGCAUGGAUAAGCAGACAUUGAUGUAUCACCUCUUGCCAGAUAGCACUCUCACAACAGAUCUCAAGGGUGACAUGCUGCUCGAGACCUUGCUCGUCAAAGAAGGCUUUCUGGGAAACCAUUCAGAGGGCCAGUUGAUUAAGGUCACCAAGCCUAGCUGGAGACCUGGAAGAAAGGUUCGUCUGCUCAUUGGUGGUGCAGAAUUGUUGGAACAUGACUGGGCGGCUGAUAAUGGUGUUGUUCAUGUGGUGGAUCGCCUUUUGACUCCACCAGAGAUUAUCACGGAAACAAUACAGCAGUAUGAUGAAUUGUCAUUGCUGUUCAAUAUUGUCCACACAGCGAGGCUAGACAGCCUACUCCAACAGCACCGGCCCUUCACUGUAUUUGCACCCACUACCGACGCUCUCAAGAAAUUGAAUGAUAUUGAAGUGCAAUACUUACGUCAUCCACAGGGUCGCAACGAUCUAGAAAUCACGUUUCAUCACCAUAUCCAUGCUGGUACGCUCUAUAAGCAAGACAUCAAGCCAGGCACAAGCAGUGUAUCUACCUUGGAAGGGCAAGAGUUGAUGAUCAGUCUAGAGAGUGAUAAACUACUGAUUGAUAAUGCUGAGGUUGUACGAACGGAUAUUCUUUCGUCCAAUGGUGUGAUUCACAUGGUAUCGCUUCCGCUGCUGCCGAGCUCACUUGUCUGGACACCCGCAAAGUAUCUUGUGGGAUUGAACGCAACCAAAUUUGUCGACAGUCUUCGAGAUGCAGGAUUGAGUCGGUAUAUUGACGAUCCCGAAGCAAGUUACACCAUCUUUGCGCCCCAGGACGAUAUUUUCGAUCCGGACACAGUCCUAAAAGAUUUACUACAAUACCAUGUGGUCCCUGGUAAAAAGCUCCAGCCCAAUUUCCAAGAUGGCCAACUAUUGGAUACUGAGCUUUACACUGAAUUUUUGAAUGGAAAAGCACAAAAAUCUAAAAUCCAGAUUAAGCAGGAGAACAAGCGGAAAACACUUUUAAUUGACGAAGUGGAAAUUAAAGGGGAACCAGUUCAAAUCGGCAAGUCCAUCAUCUACCUAAUCUCUAAAACCCUAGAGCUACCAAAGUCUCUAGUCAAGACUAUAAAGCAUGAUGAGUCACUUGCCAGAUAUAUGGAUGCUCUGUCGCUUACUGGCUUGGACAAACGUUUGUCGGACGCACGUGGCGUGACCGUGUUUGCGCCAAGCACAUCAGCUUGGGAAAGCCUGGGGUUAGUCAAAAAUUACUUGCUACUCAAUGACAGUUCAUUUUCUGCCUUGGAAUCUGUUGUCCGUUAUGCUAUUGUAGAAGACAUUCGCUACACGGCCGGCUUCAAGCAAGGGUCAACACUUUUGAGGACGUCAGAAGGAAGCCAACUUGUAGUGGAAAAAAAGUCAGGCACUAUUUACGUUGGAGAGGGACGACUAGAACGGUCUGAACAGGUUGGCGGCCAGGUCAUUGCUGAUGAUAUCUUGGUCAAAUCAGGCGUGAUCCACAAAGUAUCAGCAGUUGCAUUGCCGCCAACGCUCGCAAUUACACUGUACAAUCUGUUACAAGGAGCUGGUACAAAUACCUUUUUAGGCGCAUUCGAGACUUCAAACAUCACCCGCAUAUUGACCAGUUGGGAACAAGACUUCACUAUUUUUGCUCCCACAGAUGAAGCCUUCAAAAAGGCCGGACUUCUUGAGGGUGCAUUGAAUGACUGGGAUUUUGCUGCGCGCUUAGUUAGGUUACAUGUCAUCCCGGGAAAGGUGCUUAAGCUGGAAGAAGAUAUCGAUUAUGAUGAGGCAAGCAUGUUGAAUUCGGAUUCAAGACUGAGCUUUAGGGACAUUCACCAUGACGGCAAGACGUUCGGAGUCCGAGUCAAAGGCGCCCGAUCGAGUAAGGAAGCAAGGGUUGUGGACGCUGGUUAUGCUCAUCCUGCUUGGUCCGAUGAAGAAUAUCGCAAGGCUGGAUUCUCUGGCUAUGGUAUUAGACAACAAUUUGCUGUUGAUGGUAACAAGGAAAACAUUGUUGACUCAAAGACAGCACCUCGAUCUGGUGGCGUUGUUUAUGUGAUCGAUCGCGUUUUGCUUCCUGGCGAUCCUGACCCGAUGAGUGCUGCAUGGUUCUGGAUUGGCGUUGUAGUUUUAGCACUGUUAGGCACGAUAGUAUUGUGUGGAUUGACUAUUCUUUCAGUUCACGCAUUGGCCACUGAGAUUCGACAAAUGGAAGGAUAUGCACCUGUUGCUGCUGCUGAUGAAGAAGCAGCAGCUCAGAAUGAAGGCGGCGCCGCUGUGCCCGUAGCGGAUGCUUAAGCUGUAUAAAUCAGUACACAAGGUCUCAAUGAUCGAGACAACCGAAAUAGCUAAUGCCAUUAUUGUAAAUAAAAGAUUUAUCAGG